GUUUCCAGUCUUUAUGCUAAGCUAAGCUAACAGUCUGCUGACACACGUGUCAUGUGUUGAGUGAUGUGUUGUGCUGCACUUAAUAAAAUGGUGUGAUACUUGCUGCUCUUAAUGUUUUGAGAACUGCAACAGUGAUACAGAAAAUGUCUUUAAGCAGUUGACAAACUUUAAUUUUAACUUUUAGAAACUAAUAGGGCAGUAUUUUAUUUGACUCAUUUCUCAGCUUUUGGAACAGCUGUAUGGGUGUUCAUGUUAUUGUGUCCACCCUCUGCACACAUCUGUUUUCCAUCUCUGUCUCUUCUACCUGUUGAACAGGUGAAGCUCCAGCCUCCCAACAACACUCAGGGUCAAAUGGAGGGUCAAAGGUCAGAUCAGAGAGAGUGGCCCUGCUGGUUGUCAGCGCUCUCCUGGCAGCUGCUGUCAUUGUUAUUUGCCGUCUCUCUCUUGAUAACAUGCACACCAAGCAAAGUUUCCAGACUCUGGGAGACGAACAUGAAGCUGUGAAAAGAAAUCUCACAGAUGAGUCAUAUCCAAAAUGUGAAUAUGGCUGGGAGCAGCAUGGAAGACAGUGUUAUUAUUUCUCCACCAAUUAUUUCACCUGGAGUAACAGCAGAGAUGAAUGCCGACAGAAAGGAGGAGAUCUGGUUCAGAUAGACAGCAGAGAGGAGCAGACAUUCCUGGAGCUGAAAGUGAGAGAAAAAAUGAAUGACUUUUGGGACAAGUUCUGGAUCGGACUGACAGACUCAGAGAAAGAGGGCACAUGGUUGUGGGUAGACGGCUCACCACUGAACGAGAGUUUGACAUUUUGGUUCCCCGAUGAGCCAGAUAACUGGACAGGGAAAGAUCCUGAUGGAGAGGACUGUGUGAGGAUGGGAGAGAAAGCAGGAGCUCCUGAUCUGAAAUGCUGGUUUGAUGAAUCCUGCAAAUAUGCUCACAGAAGUAUUUGUGAGAAACCAGCAUGAUGUGAACAUUUUACUCUUCAGUGUGUCUGAAAUGUAGUUUAAAUGAAAUUUCAGCCUGUUAAACAAUCUCAGUACAGGAUACAGAAUUUGGAGCAGUUUUAUUUUUAUAUGUGUAAUGUUAAAAUAAAUGAAUAAAUAAGGAAAAUAUUAAAA